CAUACAUUCUUAAACAACUUCCUGUUAAAACAAUGGCGCAGACAUCGACGACUAAAUGUAGUUUGUGUGAAACAAAUAAUGGCAUGUAUUUCUGCUACGAAUGUAAGUCAGCAUUGUGUGGGCCUUGCCGGAAGACUCAUGAUAAAAUUCCUGCAACUCAAAGUCAUUCUAUUACUGACUUAAAACGUAUAGAUCGAUCCAUGUUCAGCUCGGUCUCCAGCUGUACUACUCAUAAGCAAGAAUUUUCUUUAUAUUGCACAACGUGCAACAUUUUGAUAUGCAGUAAAUGCGUUGCUACAAAACACAAGGGCCAUGAUUUUUCUGAAAUAGAACCAGUUGUCGGAGACUUGAGAAUUUCUUUGAAGAAACAAAUUAAGGAAAUGUAUAAAAAGAUCGAAAAACUUUCGUUCGCUGUUGAUGAUAUUCGAACUGUCAGAUUGAAAGCGCUUGAAGAGGACGCAAAUCAGUUACGCUCAAAAGUGCACUUAGCGAUACUGGAUGUCCAAAAUGUUAUUGAGAAGCAAAAAGAAAUCAAAAUAACAGAAAUCGAUGACUUUGAGAAAUUUGAGAAACAGGAAUUAGAAAUUGCAUUGGCGGCGAAAGAGCGGAUUCUCAAUUCUUGUAAAACCCUCCAAACAAGCUUAGGGAAAAUGUUAGACGAAGAACAUAGUACUACCUUUCUGACUUCUUACAAGACAAUGAAGUCAGAUUUCGAUGAAGAUGAUGACGGAUUACAAGAAAUAAACAAUUAUAAAAUUCCCUCAGUGAACACGGAAAGUGUGAGCAAGGAUGUUACAACGGCUGUAAUUCAGCAUUUUAAGAACAGCAUGCAUUCAAGACUUAGUGAUGAAAACAGUUUGGAAACAGAUGGAGACGGUUCUACAACAGCAAUAGGUCAAACGGCUGCUCAACAACAACAUGUAACUGGAGACCUGCUCAACUUUAUAACAGAUGUUACCAAUUUUGACGAUGAAAGUGAACAACAGAAAGCAGAACUAAUUUAUGCAAAGCUGGUAGCGAAAGAAAAUGAACUGAAGGAUUUAUUGACAAAAGAGCGUGUGGUUGCUGUUGAAUACAAAGAUAGGACUUCAUCGAAAUAUGUCAAGAAAACCAAUUGUCUUUUUCUUAACCAUGAUUCCUAUAGAAAACAACUGACAGAUGUAAAAACUAAUAGAAUUUUCCAAAAAGCACAUGACUGCAUUGAAAUUAAAGGUGCUACAAUAAGCAACAAAGGUGGAAUUUUUUCCGAAGGAAUAGCUGUCGUUGCUGGACGUCUAACAAAAGAAAAUAACUAUUUUGAAGUAGAAAUUGUAAACCUGGGUGUUAAUGGGAUAGGAGUUGUUUCUGAAUCAUAUGGUGUAGUUGGAGCUCCUGGUUGGCAUGAAGGAUCUGUAGCUAUUCAUGUUGAUGAUGGAACAUUGCAUAAUUCAGAAGGAGUUGGUACACCAUUUGGUCCGAAAGCAAAUAUCGGCGAUAUCAUUGGUUGUGGUAUUGUAUUUCCUUCAACCGACAUUCUAGAGAACUCCGAAGUGGAUGUCUUCUUUACAUUGAACAGUGAAAAGAUUGGAUCGACAAAAUUCACUUAUCCUUCGGGAGGGUUGUUUCCGGCUGUUGGGAUGCAUGUUAAAGAUGCAUGUGCUAGGUUUCACUUACGUGGCAUGUGGAAUGCUUCUGCUUGGAUAUCAGAAGACCAACCAAAUAAGACGGAUGACCAAGAAUUCAACGAAGCGACUGACAGUUCCAAUGAAGAUAGUUUGUUCUCCAAAAGCAUGUUUAAGAAAUCAAUGGAGGAAAAUGUUCUGAUAACUGCAUUAAAAUCCCGCAUGGAGCAUUGCUCCGAAGCUGCUGAUGCUGCAUGGGAGUACUAUAAUUUGAAAAGAUCGUUGUAUACGCUCCAAAGUCUUCAAAAAUAAUAAAUAUGAAACAAAAUAAUUAAUAGAAGACCAGUUCCAUGUCAACAUUCAAUAUACAACUGCUAUAUAUUUAUACUGUUGUUAGUGGCACUUGCAUGCAGAAAAUGAUAGCUGAACUAUAUAUGUCUGUACAAAUGUUCUUUGAAAUAAAACAGUAUUAAAUAAAAUGCCAUUACCUGAAUGGAAACA